AUGAAGCCAUUCCACAACGAGACUCUGCGCCAGCUAUCCAACAGACUUACUGCUUUCGUCGAUGUCUCAGGACUCAAGGUCGAGAAGACCGAGGCUUGGGGCAACAUUCCACCAUCCAUCCCGGAACACAUCACCUCCCGUCUUCAGCGCAUCCACUUCACCGAGGUGCAGCUGCUCAACUUUAUGCCCUAUGUUGCACACAGUAUCCCAGCCGUCUCCAAGCUCAACAAAGAGAACGACGGCAAGUCCGCAAAACACUUCAACCGCAUCUCCGGCAUCUUCGAGCGACAGCCAGACGGUUUCAUGAAAUUGACCGAGAUCCGCUGGGAGUCUCACACCGGCUGCUACAUCCCAAAGCUCAGUGCUCCAUCUCAAAUCGAUGCCUUCAUGAUCAGAGAGCUCAAUUGGUACAGGAGCACCAUCAAGAAGCAACUACCAAGCUACCAGCCGCCACCAAAGCACGAGGAGAUCAAGUACUCCAUCCAUCAGCGGAAGGUGGAGCACUGGUCCGAACGGCACAAGCAACAAAUCAUCAAGCGGGAGAAGGCGCAACAGAAAAAACACGACAGGGCGCAGGAAAUGCCAGGUGGGACGUUGCAAGAGCUGCUGGAUACCUACGGACAGGUACGUCGUGGUGGGCUCAACUGGAUGAUGCCUUUCGUGGGUUUGGUUAAGACUGCCCAGCUGGAGAAACUGGUGGAAGUUGCUGAGGAGUUGGAGGGGAAGGGCGAGUGGGUGCAAGAUGAGUAUGCGACAUAG